AUGGCGACGGAAAACGGAGCCUGCGAGCCGGGAAUCCACAGGCCGUCAACAGCUGGCCCCCCAGACCCAAAGAAAGACCCUGGCCCCCCAGACCUAAAGAAAGACCCUGAUCCACCCAGCCUGGAGGAAGAUGCCUCAGAGAAGGGGGAUGGUGCCCAGGCCCAGUCCUCUGCCAGCAGCCAGGGCCCUAAGGGAGAGGGGGGCCAGGGCGAGGGGCCUGUGGAGGGCAGUGCCGGCCAGCCGGCGGCCCUGUCCCAGCCAACAGCAACCACCGAGGUCAGUGCCAAGGAGCCUGCGGCUGAGCAGGGGAUCCCAGGCAACCAGGGCCCUGGAGAGGCCAAGGUGGCCCAGAAGGCAGCAGAGGGCCUGGCCGCAGCCAGGAGAGGCUCGCCCGCCUUCCUGCACAGCCCCAGCUGUCCGGCUAUCAUCCUCAGCUCAGACAAGCUGCUGGCCGAGAAGCCCCCGAGUGGGGCAUCAGACAUCACCUUUGAAGGGGUGCCCAUGACCCCCAGCCCGGCGGGGUCGGCACAGGUGGCCGAAGAAGAGAAGGCCCUGAAAGGGAGCCCAAAGGAGGCCGGAGAGACAGGCCCAGGCCCAGCUGGCCAGGCAGAGGUGCAAGGAGAUACCUCGAAGGAGAUGGAGCAAUCGGAGGGGGGGCCAGGCCUGGCUCUCAUGGCCAAGGAGGAGGACUGCUUCCAGAUUUUGGACGACUGCCCGCCGCCCCCUGCCCCCUUCCCCCACCGUGUCGUGGAGCUGAGGACCGGGAAUGUCAACAGUGAAUUCAGCAUCAACUCCAAAGAGGCGCUGGGGGGGGGCAAGUUUGGAGCGGUGUGCACCUGCACAGAGAAGUCCACCGGUCUCAAGCUGGCAGCCAAGGUCAUGAAGAAACAGAGCCCCAAAGACAAGGAGAUGGUGAUGGUUGAGAUCGAGGUUAUGAACCAGUUGAACCAUCGCAAUCUGAUCCAGCUCUACGCCGCCAUGGAGACAGCCAAUGAGAUCAUCCUCUUCAUGGAGUACAUCGAGGGUGGCGAGCUCUUCGAGAGGAUCGUGGACGAGGAUUACCCGCUGACCGAGGUGGACACCAUGGUGUUCGUCAGGCAGAUCUGCGAUGGGAUCCUCUUCAUGCACAAGAUGAGAGUCCUGCAUCUGGACCUCAAGCCCGAGAACAUUCUGUGUGUUAACACCACGGGCCAUUUGGUGAAGAUCAUCGACUUUGGUCUGGCACGGAGGUACAACCCCAAUGAGAAGCUGAAGGUGAAUUUUGGGACCCCCGAGUUCCUGUCACCUGAGGUGGUGAAUUACGACCAAAUCUCCGAUAAGACAGACAUGUGGAGUAUGGGGGUCAUCACCUACAUGCUGCUGAGCGGCCUCUCCCCCUUCCUGGGGGACGAUGACACGGAGACCCUCAACAACGUCCUGUCUGCCAACUGGUACUUUGACGAGGAGACCUUUGAGGCCGUGUCCGACGAGGCCAAAGAUUUUGUGUCCCACCUCAUCGUCAAGGACCAGGGGGCCCGAAUGAGCGCGGCACAGUGCCUCGCCCACCCCUGGCUCAACAACCUGGCAGAGAAAGCCAAGCGUUGCAACCGGCGCCUUAAGUCUCAAAUCCUGCUGAAGAGAUACCUCAUGAAGAGGCGCUGGAAGAGAAACUUCAUCGCUGUCAGUGCUGCCAACCGCUUCAAGAAGAUCAGUAGCUCAGGGGCACUGAUGGCUCUGGGGGUCUGA